AUGUCAGGCUGUGCCAUAGGAUGGACAAAGCAAAGCAGCUCUGCCAGAAGUGACAUCAGAAACUGCACCACAUCUCCUCCGUUCCUGCCCCCCACGGUGACGGACACAAGUGCACAGCUGAAUGCCCUGCGCCAGCGCAUGCAGUUCUACAACAUCAGUGCCUACAUCAUCCCAGCCACCGAUGCACACAUGAGUGAGUACAUUGCUGAGCGGGAUGCACGGCUGGCAUGGAUUAGCGGCUUCACGGGAUCUGCAGGGACAGGGGUGGUGACGACAAAGAAGGCGGCUCUGUGGACAGACAGUCGAUACUGGACCCAGGCUGAGCGCCAGAUGGACUGCAACUGGGAGCUACAGAAGAUAGUCUGGACUGAUUCCAUUGGCGAGUGGCUGCUCCAGGAGAUUCCCGCUGACGAGAACAUUGGACUGGAUCCCUUCCUCUUCUCCAUUGAUCUCUGGAACAGUUAUGCCCACGUUCUGCAGGGUUCCAGCAGGACCCUGGUUCCCAUCGAGGACAACCUUGUGGACCUGGUGUGGGGCUCGCAGCGGCCUCCUUUGCCCACCAGUGAGAUCUACCUCCUGCCAGAGACCUUCACGGGCAGCACCUGGCAGGAGAAAGUGUCCGGGAUCCGGAGCCAGAUGGAGCAGCACUCCAGGAGCCCCACGGCUGUGCUUCUGUCAGCUCUGGAGGAGACAGCCUGGCUCUUCAAUCUCCGAGGAGAUGACAUCUUGUACAACCCUGUCUUCUACUCCUACGCACUGCUGACCACAUCAGACAUCAGUCUGUUUGUGGACAGGAACCGCCUGAGCGCGGAGGCACUGCAGUCCCUGAGUGCACUGUGCCCGGGGCCCCUGUGCGUGCAGGUGGAGGAGUAUAACCAGGUGCGAGCCAGCGUGCAGGCCUAUGCCCAGGGAGAUGUCCGGGUCUGGAUCGGGACGGAAUACACGACUUAUGGGCUCUACGGAGUGAUCCCCCAGGACAAGCUGGUGGAAAGCAGCUACUCCCCCGUGAUGACGACCAAGGCAGUGAAGAACACCAAGGAGCAGGUGCUGCUGAAAGCGGCCCACGUGCGGGAUGCCGUGGCCAUGAUCCAGUACCUGCUCUGGCUGGAGAAGAACGUUCCCAAGGGGUCGGUGGAUGAAUUCUCCGGCGCUCGCUAUGUGGACAAGCUACGAAGAGAGAAGGAGCACUGCAGGGGUGCCAGCUUCGAGACCAUCUCUGCCAGCGGGCUCAACGCAGCGCUGGCCCACUACAGUCCAUCCAACGUCAGCAGCCGGAAGUUGUCUGUGGAUGAAAUGUACCUGUUGGACUCCGGAGGGCAAUAUCUGGAUGGAACCACGGACAUAACCCGGACUGUCCACUGGGGAGAGCCCACCCCUUUCCAGAAGGAAGCAUACACGCGAGUGCUGAUGGGAAACAUCGACCUGGCCAGGCUUGUCUUCCCCUCCGAAACAUCAGGGAGAGUGGUUGAGGCUUUCGCACGCCAAGCCUUGUGGAAGGUUGGACUCAACUACGGCCAUGGGACUGGCCAUGGCAUCGGCAAUUUUCUGUCUGUCCAUGAGUGGCCAGUGGGAUUCCAGUCCAACAACGUGCCCUUGGUCAAAGGGAUGUUCACGUCCAUAGAGCCCGGUUAUUACCAGGAGGGUGAGUUUGGAAUCCGCAUUGAAGACGUGGCACUGGUGGUGGAAGCUCAAACCAAGCAUGGGGCAGGGGAGAAGGCCUACCUGACCUUCGAGGUGGUGUCUCUGGUGCCCUAUGACCGGAACCUCAUUGACAUCAGCUUUCUGUCUGAGGACCAGAUCCAGUAUCUCAACACGUACUAUGAGACCAUCCACCAGCGUGUGGGGCCAGAGCUGCAGAGACGCCAGCUGGAGGAGGAGUACGAGUGGCUGAGGAGGAACACGCAGCCCUUCUCACGGGGCACGCUGGUGGCCACCUCCCUGGGCACCUUGGCAAUCACCUCUCUAGUGUCUACACUCCUGCCUGACAGACAGACCUGAGGGAUACUGGGCCCCCAAUCGCCCAACUGUAAGCGAGUCUCCCAGCCCCUGUACUAGGCAGACUGUGGUUUGUAUGUUU